UCGUUUCACCAUAUAGUUCAGCAGCAUCGUGAGUCUAUUCUAUCAUUAGUCUAUGUAAUACCCACUAUGACAACGGUAGUGAAAAAUCAUUCUUACUGUUUGUUUAAGAUCAUAUUAGCAGUGAUAAGGCCAAAUAGAAUAUACAUAUCACCUAUAUUAAUGAGCAUAGUUAUAUGUACUUUGAUGUGAUAUAUAUAAGAGUUAAUAAAAAGUAAUCUAUAGAAAAAAAUAAAUAAAAUGGAGCAGAAAAGACAGAUUUUAUAUACUUUCUCUCUUAUACAAACAUGAAAGAGAAGCUCUUUACAUUCUACGAUUGUUACGUUUGUUACGUUUGCUACGAUCAUAAUUUUGACGGCUUCCCUAAACACUGUCGUUUGAUUAUCAUCACUCUCUUUGUUUUUUAGGGUUUUGUGGUUGCAUUAUUUUUAGUAAAUGGUGAGCAUCAUAAUGCACAGGCUUCAAAUACAACUGGUCAUCGUGGUCAUGGCGGAGUUGUUGCAGAUGAUCAGAAAAGAGCCGCAUUACCCACACAUUUAAACGAAGCACAUCAUGCUCAUAAUGCUCAUGAUAGUAGUGACAGUAAUCAUACAUAUCAUGAUCAACAACAGUUGCAUAUAGCAGCAACAGGAAAUCAUACGGCAGAGAGCGAAGGUGUACUAAGUGAAGGUGUACCGCAACAUCAUAAAGGAAGAAAUCUUGGCAGAACAGUCGUUUCGCCGAAAAGUCGAUUCGCGGAAGAGUUGUGUCACGACUUUUUGAUGGAUGAUGAUUUUAUCUAUGUAUCAAAUUUAAAUGAAGUAUUUCAUGUUAUACGAGAUACAUUGUUUAAGAUUACAUUUCAAGCGGCAAAUUAUCAGGAUAAUAAUGAAUUUGUUAGAUUAUGGUAA